AUGGUCACUCUCCAGGCGUCGGUGCCUAUCCGUUCAGGAAUCAACGAACAAAACGCCCCCAGAACCGCCCAUGAACCCUCCGUACUUCCCGUCGUUAUCCCUCCUAAUACCAUUAGACCACUGGCUUUUCGGACACUUUCAAAGAAACAUAAUCUAGCCUUCACGUCGACGACACUACAAGCUCUUGCAACCUUCAUUGGCAAGUCUUGCGGCUCAAGAUGGCGCCAGGAAGGGCUCGCAGACCUGGUCCUGGAUGAAGUAGCAAAGUUAUGGAAGCAGUCGGGAGGUGGAUCAAUAGUGGAAGAUGACACAAAGCUGUCACUAAAGUCGAUUUUAUCUGAACUGGAAACGUACAUGGUCGGAGGACGUGUCCAGCAUGAUAUUAAGUCUGGAAAAAAGACUACGGACACAACUAUACCCCCAAAAAAACGAGAGCAUAGUACUGUUGAUCCUCAAGUUCAAGAGUCUGGUAACUCGACUUCGGAGCCCCGGGAAGCUGGGCUUGGUGGUGCAGAGUCCUCUGACUCCCCGGAAGAUGCGGCGAAUGACCGCGCAAGGAAACGGGUCAAAGUUAUCAGUGCAUUUGAACAGCAACGCUUGACAUAUAACAUGAAUAAGAAGCACUUUGAAUCGCCGCAUGAACAUGCCUCCCUGCUUCCCCCUGCCAAUAAUAGAGUCAGUCUAUUCAGAGAUCGUUAUUAUCGGAUUCAUGAACGGCUACUACGGAACGAAACUUUCCAAACUUCAACACUACCCACCUCCUUCGGUCAAUCAAAUACAUCUGCUAUGUCGAAUCAGCCAUAUAAAAUUACGUCAAUUACAAGCUUACAGGGUAGAGGGAGCACAACCCACUUGCUCCUCGGUUUACUCACUAUUUCUCCAAGUGGAAGUUAUAAUCUUUCUGAUCCUUCAGGGACGGUGGCUAUAGAUCUAGAUCACGCCAAGGGGAUUCCGGCAAACGGCGCCUGGUUUGUCCCAGGGAUGAUCCUUCUCGUUGAUGGUAUCUAUGAGGACGAAGACGAAGAUACCGUGGCCCGCGGUGCAGGAGCAAUUGGCGGCAAGUUCAUUGCCAUAUCAGUUGGAGGGCCGCCUUGCGAGAGAAGGGAGGUUUCCCUGGGCAUUGAUAACCAGAGCCGUGGCUGGAAUAUUGCACUACCAACGGACCCUUCAGCUGACCCAAUGAGUGCUGGCGGAGACUCUAACCAGUUUGAAUUCAGGCACCCAAGUUCUAUAUCCCGGCAGCCCUCAGACGCACAGCGAGUCGUUAUCAUGGGAGAAGUGAAUUUGGACAAUCCAAAGACGCUUCAAGCCCUUUCAAUAGUUCUCAACCAAUAUGAUGCAGCGUCUGACGAUACACAGUCCCCAGCAUUUGUUCUGAUAGGCAAUUUCGUCCACGAUGCGGCGAUCGGAGCUGGAAAUUGUGGAAGCAUCGAAUAUAAAGAAUUCUUCGACAGCCUCGCCUCGGUGCUAACACAAUUCCCCAAUCUUCUUAGAAAAUCUACUUUUGUCUUUGUUCCUGGAGAAAAUGAUCCGUGGGCUUCUUCAUUCUCUCCUGGGGCUACCGCGUGUAUACCCAGGCCUCUGGUACCAGAGCUUUUCAGAUCCCGGGUCCGUCGAGUUUUCCAGACAGCUUCUAGUCAGGAUCAUCCCACUUCUCCCCGUCAAAUAGAUGAAUCGGCGGUCUGGACUUCCAAUCCUACACGCCUAACCGUUGACGAACCAAGUGUUUCCGAGAUGGUUAUUUUCAGAGAUGACAUUUCUAGCAGGCUACGGCGAAACGCGGUUAUUUUAAAGGAUGAUAGGGCAAAGAAACCAUCUCCUGAUCAGGAUGACGCUGGCUUUCUUAUAACACUACGGGAUCAAACAAAGACCGUCAAGACAGGAUAG